CGUACGUGCGUGUUUAUAUGAUCAAAACUCAUAGAAACACAAAAUACUACAAAAUUUAUAAAAAUGGUUGACAGUCAGAGUGAGAGCUUCUCUAAACAAUUAUGGGAGAAACACAAAAAGCAAGCAAUAUUAUCACAAUAUACUCCUUUUAUUAUCUCUUUAGCCGCUGGUAAUCUUCCUGUUCACACUUUUGAAGCUUAUCUCUAUCAAGAUAUUCAUUACCUCACCGCCUACGCUCAAGCGGCAUAUAUAGCUGAAGAGUAUGCAGCAGAUGCAGAGAGUAAAGAAAAACUCCAAAAAUUAGGAGACUAUUCCAUCUUAUACAUCCAAACAUGUUCUUCUUUCUUCGAGGAAUUGGGCUUAAAGUAUAAGCCAGGUAGUGUUCCCAAGAAUGAAGCAACAAUAAAGUAUAUUGAUUUCUUGCUAAAAGCAGCAAGAACAAAAAUUACAGUCUAUACAUUUGCAGCAAUGACACCAUGCAAUAAGAUAUAUACUUAUUUGGGUUGGGAAGUUAAGAAUGCUUUGAGCGCAGAACAACUUGAAAAUAACAAAUACAAGAGAUGGAUUGAAGAAAAUACAUCUAAAGCUAUGAAAUUACAGAAGAGAUACUUUCAAAUUUUCAAUCAGAAAAGUGUUAAAAGUAUGGAGUAUUUUAUUGAUAAGCUAAGUGUUGGAUUACCCGAAGAAGAGUUGGACAAAAUAGAGGAGUACUACAAAAAGGGAUUGGAACAUGAAACACAGUUCUUUUUAGCUCAAGAAAUUGUUGGUCAAGAGGUUGUGGUUCCUCUUUGGAAGCAACUUCAAGGAUUGAAGUGGUCAUUAGUUUCAGAUUUUGACCUUUGUCUUACUAAGUCAUCUUGUGACUUGGAAAUACUUAAAGUUCAUGAGAAACUCAUAGCUAAUGAACUUCUAAGAGCAAUUCCUCCAGGAGAAUAUAAUUUCACAGCCAUACGAGAAGCUUUUAAAUUAGUUUGUGAAUUAGAGAAAACAUCAUUUUCACAAGAUGAUAGGUUUGGACAAUUUGAGGUUGAUAGUGGUUGUAAUGAUUUAUUAUUAAAAGUUUGGCAGAAGGAUAAUCUGAAUGCAAGCGCCCAUGUAAUUUCAGCUUGUCAGAAUGAUGAUGAUAUUAAAUCGGCUUUGAUAGAAGAAGGUUUGAUUGGAAAAGUAUCGCAUGCUGGAAAUAAAGGAUCAGUUGAAUCUUCCAUUGAUAAACUCGAAGCAUUCAUUGAAAAUCGUGGAAAGAAGUUGAGCUUAUAUAUUGGAGAUUCAGUUCGUGAUUUGCUUUGCCUACUCAAGUCUGAUAUACCAAUUGUUCAUGAGUCAAAUGAACAAUUGAUAAAGGUAGGAAAACACUUCUUAGUUUCAUUUUCACCAUUGUUUAAAGGCUUGAUUGAUAAGCAAAGGGAAUAUAUUGACCAAGCCUCUCUAUCUCCAUGGAAUCCUAAUCCUUGUGUUAUUUACACUUAUACUUACUGGGCUGAAAUUUUGGCAUUCAUUUUGCUGGGAACUUAAGUCAUUAUGGCUUUUGAAGAUGAAUAACUUAGAUAAACGAUCUUACAUUGUAAUAUAAAUAACCAAUGUUGCAUUGUAAUAUAAACAAUUAAGUGUAUCUUAUUAUAUUUUUAGGUGCCUUCUACA